AUGAAGCUCGUUCGAUUCUUAAUGAAAUGCACGAAUGAGACAGUGACAAUUGAAUUGAAAAAUGGAACAAUCCUUUCAGGCACCAUCGCCUCAGUCUCCCCACAAAUGAACACGGCCCUGCGAACCGUAAAAAUGACCCCCAAGGGCCGCGAACCCAUCUCUCUCGACACAAUCAAUAUCCGUGGCUCGACUAUUCGCUAUUACAUCCUGCCCGAUAGUCUGCCGUUAGAUACGUUGUUGGUGGAUGAUCAGCCCAAGCCCAGGAACAAGGCGAGAAAGGAGGCGGCGGAUCGGGGCGGUGCUAGGGGAAGAGGUGGUCCCCGUGGUGGUCGGGGUGGAAGGGGUGGACGCGGGGGUCGGGGUCGGGGACGUGGUUUUUAG